AUCGAGCCGAGGUGACGAAGCUUCAGACGCAGUUGAUCAUCGUCACUCACCAGGAGGUGAACAUUAUACCCUCGUUACACACUUGUGUGCAGCAGCCAGCAUGAAGUGGCAGUACAAGGAGGAACACCCGUUCGAGAAGCGACGGACGGAGGGAGAGAAGAUCCGCAAGAAGUACCCAGAUCGCGUGCCGGUAAUUGUAGAGAAGGCUCCCAAAGCUCGCAUUGGUGACUUGGAUAAGAAAAAAUAUCUAGUUCCUAGCGACCUCACUGUCGGACAGUUCUAUUUCUUAAUCCGCAAGCGCAUCCACCUGCGACCAGAGGAUGCUCUCUUCUUCUUUGUCAAUAAUGUCAUUCCUCCAACCUCCGCUACCAUGGGCUCGCUCUAUCAGGAACAUCACGAAGACGACUUCUUCUUGUACAUAGCCUAUAGUGAUGAGAGUGUAUAUGGAGGGGCGUGCUGAAGUUCCUCACUCGAGGCGAGAGCUAGCUGGAGAGACAUAAACUGAUCACGAGAGCAGGUGGUGGGAUGACGUCCUGAAAGCGGAGAAUUGGGAGCCCUCUUGGAAUUUAUUUUUUUGUUUAGGUUGCAUUGGCUGUACAUUUCAGGGUGUCUUGGUGCAGUUUUUGGGUGUUGGGGACUAGUUCCCCCCUGAGGUGCUAAAGAAUUGCUCCUAAAUUUCCUCAAAAAAAAAAAAUGCACUUUAAUUAAAGGUCUUGACUGAAUUAUGGUGAACACGUGUUUUACGCCUGAGCAGUCACGUAUAUUUCAUGGAAGGGAACCUUUUAAAAUCCUUGAAGGAUGUGUUUUAUCAGUUUCUUAGUCAUUAGUUUAAUUAUCUACUGCUUUAGGUUUUGUAACUAAAAGCUGUGAGAAGAUAAUUCCUAAGGUGAAUAUUAUAAUGGUAUAAAUACUGACAAGUUGAUACGUAAGACGAAUGAGCAACUCUUAGGCACAUAUUUUUUGUUUAAAAAUUUUUGCCAACACGGUCGACUCCUUCAGUCGAAUACAGGAGGCGGCAACAGAAGCAGUAGAGAUGUAAGGACUGUCAUUAGUCCAUCACCCUUGAAGAUUGUUUUGAGGUGAUCAGUCCCUCAGCCUGGAGGAUUUCUGCUCUGUAGUCUGGAAUAUUGUUCCAGUCUAUGGAGCAGAACUCUUCAGGCUGAGGGACUGACCACCUGAAAACUAAGUCUUCAAGGGUGGUGGACUGAUAGGUCUUCUUAGCUCUACUCUUUCUGCCUCCUCCUACCUUCGACUGAAGAAUCUUCCUAUGUAAGCAAAACAUUUUGAAAUAUUCCCAACAGUUGCCCAUGUUUUGCGUAUCAGCUAAGGUGUAUAGGCAUAUUUCUACUUGAAGGUAAUAAUGCCUCUGGAAUGGAUUGUAGCUUUCGUCAAUGGCUUAUUUUGUGUAUAUGAUUUUUCUUCAUUCUGUAUACUAGUUAAAAUAUAUCAUUUUUCCCUCCGUGUAAAUACCAUUUUAAAGUAUAUAUGCAUAUUCUUGGCUAUUAUAAUCAUGUAUGACAAACAGGGAAAUAGACGAACUAAAUUUAUAACCCAACGGUAACACUGUCGGUAGUCUCAACACUGACACCUCUGGACGUAUUACCUAAGUCUGAUGUAUAGCCACUCCUGGUUUAGGGUGUAGAAUUUUCUCGAGAGAACCUUGUAUUACGUUGUAGAAUUUCCUUUGUUUGCCGUAAUCUAGUAUUGUCACUUGUAUGAAAUAAAACGAAUAAAAGUU